AUGUCUGAAGCCGAUCAUUCAAAUCGCAGGCCACAGCAAAACUCAGAGCAUACCAACAAAAACACAGGCUCGGACGUCUCACAAAUGCCUCCAAAGAAUGAUAGUUUACAUCGGCUAACCCAAAGCUCACGGUCAAGCGAACAAUUCCUCUUGAGGUCUCGGGAGCGUGAAGUCGAACAAGCCCACGAGGAAAAUUUGACAGGGUGUAUGUGCCUCGUUCUCGCAAAAGUUCCGCAUUUUCAAUGGUCAAAGUAUUAA